AGAGAGCACGCGCGGCGACAGCGCCGACCACAAACGGCACGAACCCUCCAACCCGAGACCCGGCAUUUUGAAGAGCAGCUCGUCAGCUGGCACGCUUGUCUGCCUUCGCAGCUAUGCUCCACAAGAGUAUGUCUUUAGUUUAGACAAUCCGAUGUCCGAGGCCGGUGCCACGUUGAUCGAAGGAAUCGGCGACGAGGUGUUGCUGUUUGCAUCCGUCUCGUUGACAUUUGUUGUCGGUCUCCUUGUGGCCAUCUACAUCCAGUCGGUUUUUCGGGCACGCAGUGAAGCACAGAAUCAGUCUACGCGGCGGGACGUCAACUCAGCGCAGAAUGGCAAUGCCCGUGUCACGGCCGGCGCGCCGUUUGGGGCUCGUGCAUCGCCUAGGCAGACUGCUGAGCUCGCUCCUGGAGACAGUAGCGAAGCGGUGGAGUCUGCGACGAGCGAUUCUUCUUCAGCCAGUCGAGACCGCGGUGACGACUCCCGACCGCUGCUGCCGCAGGAGUGCGAGGAACGCGGCACCGAGGAAGGAGAGCUGAGCCCCGACGUCGUUCGUCAGAGGCGGCUCGAGUUCAUCGAGAGGAGUUCUCGCGUCGAGAGCAUCAGCGGCGUCGAACCGGUGGAGCCGGACUCCGGGGAAGAGUCGGCCCACUCCACCGACGAAGCAGCGCCGGCAGCUCGAGAAGAGGAGGGCUUCGCCAUCCGCCUCAAAUACUUGAAUGACACCGAGCGCUGCGUUAGGGGCAUGCCAGACGAGACUGUUGGAUCGUUCAAGAGGCGCCAUUUCGCUGCCGAGUUGGCAGGGCAACGGCUGGUGCGUCUGAUCUACAACGGAGGUCAGCUCCGCGAUGACAAUGCACGUCUUUCGUCCUGUGGCCUUAGCGAUGGCUGUGUUGUGCACGUCCAUAUCUCGACAACACCUGUUGUGCAGAACGAGACUUCAUCGGCCAAUUCCAAUGGCGAGGGCGACCUCAACCUGGGUGCCCUCAUGUGGCCACUGUUUGCGGCAACACUGGGCAUCCUGUGGGUGCUGCACUUUCAGUACCGCGAGCUUUUCAACACUUCAUCAACCGUUGUGCUUGUUGGCAUUUCCGGAUUGUUCUGUGUAGGUCUGUAUGGACAGCACUACCCCCAGUCACCAGCAACUGCUGAUCAAGGAGGAGAGACUCAGACCACUCCAGUGUCGGGACGGUAGACCUUGGUGUUAUAAGCUAUCCUUCUAGAAUCUCCAUAUUAGGGCACUGGUGAUUCUGAUGUGGGACUGUGAUUGAACAGUGCGGUCUACGAGAACUCUUAUUGUGGAAAAGCACUUGGUUAAUCAUGUGAAGAGGAUCCUGUAUGCAUCGUGGACAUCUUCAAGUGCUUUUUUAAAACGACCUCACAAAAAGGGAAUUGCUGAAGGUCUUCGUGUGCGUGUGUGUGAAGCAUCAAAGUUCGGUGCAUUUGAUAGCGCUGUGAAAAAAGAAAAGUCAAAUAGCUACAGCGCUGUUUGUGUGAAGUAGUUUGCAUGACGGAGUGAACUGGGCCGGCAGGGCAUGCGUUGAAGCUUCAGCUGUGUUACACGCAGAGUGUUAUAUGCGUGGACUAAUAUAAAUGCAAAUAGACCACGGGCAUUGAUAAGAAUGUGCGCUUCUGCUGCCUAAUCUUUGGUUUUUCAUUGCCUUAAAACACACCUGAAAAGUGUUUUAUUUCUUUUGUUCAGAGUUUUGCCAAGCUGGUUGUCUUAAAACACCGGGCUGGCACCGUUGAGCUUGUAUAUAAAUGCAUUUAGUAUUUACUUAAACGUUUUUGUGCUUUCCUGGAGGCUGUAUACGAGUUCUGCAACAGCCCAACAGUUUUAUGUCAUCACUAGGAAGCAACUCUAAGCUAUGCCCAUCACACACUGCAAGUCUCACUGUACAGAACUGAAGGUGAAGUUAUGUUUGAACACUUGCAUAUUAUUUGUGUGACUAGCUUUAUUUUGGUAAAAAGUGUAAGCGGAGAGACUUCUUCCCUUGUUGCGAUAACAUUAAAUGCUCAUUUUGUUUCGAACAAGUUGAUAUAAUUGAAGCCAACCAUUUACUGCAUGACAUUACGAACAUAAAAUUUCAGAACAGUCCAUUACAUUAUAGAAUAUAUACUAAUAUUUUUAAUAUUCAACACAAUUUUUCAGUUG